UACAAACUGACAGAAAGAAAACCCCCGAAACACACGUAUACAUAACAUACAAAAAAAAAUUCCCUUUUCAUUUCUAAAAAACACAAAAUUUCGACAUAAAUAAAAUAAAAUAAAAUCAAAGUUUCUAUGAAGUAAAGAGAUAGUGCAAAGGAUAAAUCAAUGGAAAAGUCUGAGUUUUUGUUUAUUGUGCAUUUUAGUUGAAUAAAUGAGUGCCAAUACACAUUCAAUGAAUGGAAAAUGUAGGAAUUUUUUGUGUGUGAGUUAAUCGAUAACAAAAGGCAAUGAGACUGAAAAUUGUUUUGGCCGAAUUGUUUUGAAUAGAAAGGGACGAGUUUUUGUUACGGAUUUCGACAAUCGAGCGACACAAAAAGUUGAAACGCAUUUAAACUGGUUGGUUUGAGUGCGUGGGAAGGAAAAAUAAAGAGCAGCGUCCAAUUAAACGGAGCCAAAACACAACGUUUUAGUGUAGCCAAAGUGCAAGUGAGCCACUUAUAUUAUGUAUUUUAGUCGUGUUCGUUCCUAUUAUGUUAAUCAAGCUGAUGUACAAAAGAUAACGAUGUGUGGUGCAUUGUUACGAAAUUUUGAUAUCGAAAAAAAAGAAGCAAAUAAAUUUGUGACUUUGUCCUUUGGACAAAAAAUAGUAUUCGAAAUCAUUUGCUCCCAUUUGAAUUGAAAAGGCGGCGAAAAAUGUCAUUUUUCGCAUCAUUGUCAACCAACACAAUGAAUGUUCAACUUGAAGACAUGAAAUUUGGGUUGAUGCCAUCACCACCACCAUCGACAACACCUUAUACAGACCCCUCAACCGCAUCCACAACACCAUCGUCAUCGACGUCAAACUCACGGAAAAAUAGUUGCAACAACAAUACUAUAAAUAUGUCAAUAAAUGCGAUGAAUGCGACCUCCGACUUUAAUCAAUGGCUGCAUGCAAUGAAGAUGGUUGCACGAUUACCAGGCGGCACACCUGGCGAAUUUCGUCGCAAACUAUGGCUUGCGUUGGCUGAUCGGCAUCUACAUACAAGUGGCAUUGAUUCUACAUACAAGUGGCAAACGAAAUGCCUAUCGAACGAAACUUGGCUCGAUGAUGACGAAGAAUUGGGCAUUCAAAUUGUUAAGGAUUUGCAUCGAACUGGAUCGAGUUUAUUUUCAGGACCAAAUGGCAACAUCAAUCAAGCGAAAUUGAAACGCGUUCUACUUGGAUAUGCACGAUGGAAUCCAGAAGUGGGUUAUUGUCAGGGCUUCAAUAUGCUCGGUGCUUUGAUACUGCAAGUCAUGGAGAGAAGCGAAAUUGAGUCGUUAAAAGUGAUGAUUUAUCUCAUCGAAGGUGUUUUACCGAUGGGGUAUUUCAGUGGUUCCAUGCACGGUCUUCAAGCUGAUAUGGCGGUUUUUCGUGAAAUUCUAUCGACACGACUACCAAAACUAUCGAAGCAUUUGCAAAGACUUCAAGGCACCAUCGGCGACAAUUCAAUGGAUCCUCCGCUCAUAAACGUAUUCACCAUGCAAUGGUUUUUGACACUUUUUUGUACAUGUUUACCGAAAAGCUGUGUACUACGCGUGUGGGAUUUGGUUUUGAUUGAGGGAAGUGACAUUUUAUUACGUACAGCACUUGCGAUUUGGGCCACAAUUUCCGAGCGUGUCAUGACGAUAAAAUCGGCUGACGAAUUUUACUGUAAGAUGGGCACAUUAUCCGGAGAAUUGUUGAAUGGCCAUUUGUUCGAUUCGAAUAGUUUAAUUCAACGAAUCGUUGACUUGGGACCGAUAGCCGAUUUAGAAAAAAUGCGCGAAAAACAUCUAUUCAAUGUAACACCGUGGAAAGAUCGCAAAGGAAUGAAAAUUUUCUACUCUGACGACGAUUCAGACGAUGAAAAUUGGAAAAUAUUGACUGGCUCACGGAAAACAAAUGCUACAGUGAACCGUAAUCAAAUACCCGAUACACGUGAACGCAUAGCUCUAGAUAUUUCACUGUUAAAAAAGCAAUAUUCCAAAAUACGUGCACGACAACGUCAAGGAAAUCUAACGAAUACGACAAAACAACAAACGGUGAAUACGACAAUAAGCAACACGAAACCGUCGAACAUAAAUCAAUAUUUAAUCGGACGAAAUGCGAUAGUGAGCAGUAAAAAGCGUCAUGGUCCAUGUGGUGGUCAGGGCGCAGUGCCACCAGCUCGUACAGCGCUUCCAAUGUCCGUUGCAAAUAAGUAUCAACAAAAGCGUUUACGAAACGCAACCAUUGACAAUGCAAGCACAUCAACAAUGAAAAUUCGUAGCGAUGACAAUUCAAAUGUACAAAAAACAAAAACGUUUGCGAGACAUCGCAGCGAAUCAUCGUCGUAUAGUGAAGACAGUGAUAAAGGAAGCGAUGAUGAGCUGGACAAUCGGAUUUCGGUGGGAUCAAGUAGUUCGAGCACAAGUUUAUGUGAUGAUGAUUAUGGAAAUGCGUCAUCAAUGGACGGCAGCCCAAUGAAAUCACGUUUACAUUCAUCCGCUUCCGAUGACAGUAAAAUGUCAAUGCCCAAAGUCACUAUUGGCGAUGACUUCGAACAAACUACGUAUACUCGAUUUGAUACAACGGACACGGACUAUGAUGGGAAAAAUGCGUUGAAACGAGAUAAUAGCCUAGAAUGUGACAAACCUAAAUUGGAAAUUCAUACAAAUAUCGAUCGUGAAAACAAUGACAUUCAUUAUGCAGUAAGUGAUGAUAAAGCGGAAAAAACGAAAUUAGAUUUAUUAAGUUUGCCACAACGUGAACAAAUUACCAGCACAAGUCAACUGUCACCCAUUGCAGAUAUUUCGAAUAUUUUAAGCACAUCGACUAUCAGUCCAUUGAAAACACCAACAUCGUAUCUAUUGAAUUCGUAUCCGUUGUGCGAAACAUCGGGCACCGAUGACAAUCAAGAGGAUACGUCCGAAAUCGAUUUUAGCAUCAAUACGGGAAGUAGUGACAAAGAUUUCUUUAAGGUUAACGAAGAUGGUGUAACCAAUGCCUAUUUUGAACGUGUCAAUCAUGUGACGACACUCAGUAUGGAUUCAAAAUUUCCGUUUUCAUUCAUCGAAGACACACCGGACCCGAAUCUUGAAACAAGACUUUCGCGAAGUAGCCAAGAAGAGGACGAUGACGAAGAAGAUGAUAUGUCAUCGUUUAAAUCGGAAGUGCGUCGAUUAAGUGACUCAUUUGAAUCGUCACUCAUUUCCAUUGAUCAUGCCAAUAGUGAUUUGACAAAGUCAAGCAUUACCUCAAAUUCAAAUACAAAUUCAGAUGCCAUUUUGAAAAUGAUUGAAGAAAAUUCGAAAAUUCUCGAUCGAAUUAUGUGCAAAAAUGCUCAAACUGCAGCCAAAAAUAUAACGUCCCUGGAUGAUGAUAAUGAAAAAUGUGAUGAAAACAAAACGGAUACGAGAAAUGAACCAAAACCGUCAAUAAAUGAAAAUAAAUUUGAUUUAAGUAAAGAUAAUGACUCACCUGCUGCCCAAAGGGUACAUCAAAAAGUUCCAAAAGUCGAAAUUACAUCAGAAGAUGAUUCCACGGCGGAAAAGAAGCAGUGUGUUGAUGAGGAAAUCAGCCCAAAAAAAGAGACAAAAAUCACUGAUGAUGAUCAUGUGUUCAAAUAUGGUGAUUUAAGUGAUUGCAUAUCAAAAUAUUUGGUUAGUACAAAUGAAAAGUCUGAUAAGAAAACUUCAUCGGAAGAGGAAUUAAUUGAACAUGAAGAAAAGUUACGAAGAACCGAUAACCUUGAUUUACCAAAAACAUUAUCACUUUUGACACACAGCGACGGAAGUUCAGAGGAUAUAAAAAAUCUAUUGAAAGAAUCUCUAUUCGAUUAUAGUCGGAGUCCAUCGGAAUCACUGCCUCUUGACUCGAAACUGGAAAAUGAUUUAGAAACAUUAUUGAAAAUGUCAGCCGAAUUGUUGCGCGAAGGAUUCCCAUUGGGAUCACCGCCAUACAUUGAAAACGAAGAAGCUUUGACCUUGGAAGAUGAAGAAUCCACAGACGCUUGUGCGGUUGAAACGAGUGCUAUUACAACACAAGACGUGGAAAAUGAUGAAAAAUCGGACAGUAAUCGAAACUCACCAUAUUUAGAUGCGGACGCAUUGCAAUUGGAAAUGGAAAGUGUGGCUGGUGAUAUUUCAGCGACAAUUUCCUCAAUAAAAAAUACCAUAAAAUCAAUUGAUUCCCUGUGCCAUCAAGACGAUGAUCGUCGAUCUCGUGAUCGAACUGAUAAAACACUGAACGACAUUCUGAAGGUGGUCGAAAAAAUGGAUGAAGAAAAAGACAAUCGUAAAAUACAAGAGAUAAAAUCGGACCCAAAUAAAUCGCCUGCACUGUCAACAGUUUUCGAGCACGCUUCAAGAACUGAUGACAUUGCAGAGCCUCACGAUAGUCCACGCAUGGUUGCGAAUUCGCGAAUUUCACGAGAUCGUAGUCGAAUGACAUCACCACGCCGAAGAAAAGACGAUGACUUUGGCGAAUAUGAAAGCCGUGCUCGACGCAACAAAUCACCGUCUUCGAGUAUCUUAUCACAAAAUCGAUAUUCUGGCGAUUUUUCGAGUAAAUUUCGUUUUGACGACAUCAGCAGUGGCAGUGACAGUGGUUCAAAAAGUAAAAUUGGAUCACCGUACAAAACAAAUGAAAAGCUCGAAAUUCGUCAUACAACUGUCACAGCCACAUUUUAUGAUCGUUUUCUCAGCCAGAAGUAUGAGCAACAACACAAAAUGGAUCGUUCGCCGUCAUCGCCGAUCAUCAAUAAGGCGUAUUUGAAUUCACUGAAAGCAACAUCUAGCUUGACUGCCUCAUAUCAUGGUGGUGAUAAAUAUCGACGUGAUUCGAGAUCAACAUCGCCAAUCAUGUCCUACUCAAGUCAAAGUCGAAUCGAUGUAAAUACAAAAUAUAUGCCAACCGCACCAAAGUCUGGUUACCUGCAUUUGCCACAAUUAUCGUUUAGCUCGAUCCAUCGCGAUCAAUGCACACGAAGCUGUGACAACAUAUUGUCGAAUUUAAACGCCACCGCCGAAUUUACCCAGAAGUAUUCAUAUCAAACAAAAACGUCUUCAGACAUAUUCACAAGCAGCAGCCGCAGCAAUAUAAGCAACAUCGACACCGACAACAUCUUAAAACGUCAUUCAACUGGCACCUACUAUCAACAUACAUCACCAUUACCAAUCAAACCGAAGAAGCCUUCCGAAAUCGGAAUCAAAUUGGGACUCUACAAGCCAGAGUAAAAUUUUCAAUAACAAAAAUAGCAUAAACUAAAUGUUAUGGCUUGAAAAUGAUGUUAACUAUGAAAGAAAUUGUAUUGUUUAACAAAUACUUUUCUUCCUCUUUGAUCUUAUGCAAUUUUCUAGACAUAAUUGUUCGCUUAAAUGUCUUUUCAAUGAAAUUAACUAAAUUAUUUUCAUUAUAUUUCGUUUUUACACUGGCCAACAUACAUUUUCAUUUCAGCACUCAUUCACACAAAACAUACC